AGAAUUCAGUUGAUUUUCUGCUUUUCAACAAGUUGAAUUUCAUUGUUUCAACGUCAACGUUUUCUUCGAAGUUGUCAAUUUUCCACACCAAUUAUGCCACGCAAAUACUUGACACUUUUCUGUUUUCUUUUCCUCGUGAGUUUCACGGCGGCUAAACAUUCUGGGAGAAAAUGUGUCGACGGUCGGUCCUAUUUUGACGGCUGCAAUCAUGUAUAUUGCGCUAAUGGACAUAUUAUUAAGUCACUCAAAGAGUGUCGAGAUAUUCACGUUAUAGAAGCACCAGAAGACUUUUGGGAACCUCAAGAAGACGCAUAAUUCGAUCACUCCUCAUGAAUAGAUAUAUUUGCAGUUGAAUUGUUGUAUUUUGCACUAGUAUCACUCAGCUCAAUUUUUUUUUCAUUGUCCGCACUCACAAUCCGCACGUCGAAUAAUCUACUGAACAAUAGGUUGUGACACCGUAUACUAUAUUACCAAAUUAAUUACCCCGCAUUUCAUGUGGAAG